UGUUCAGCUGCUCGUCGAAGCGGCUGUCGGACGGUCGCCUCUCAGCGAGUCUGCGUACAAUGUAGCGGCCAUUUUUGUUCUUAGUUCAUAAUAGCGUGCGCAUCUUUAAUGUAUUUAGAGAGAUUUUUAGGCAAUUCUCACAAUGACUAUAAUAGUCUUUUUAAUAGAUACAUCUGCUUCCAUGAACCAAAGAGCUUAUUUGGGCGGACGCCCAACGUUGCUCGAUGUAGCCAAGGGCGCUGUGGAAACGUUCGUAAAGGUUCGUCAACGUUCUCCAGAAAGUAGAGGUGACAGAUAUAUGCUUCUAACUUUCGAAGAGCCACCCGCGAACAUCAAGGCUGGAUGGAAGGAAAACUUGGCUACUUUUAUAAAUGAAUUAAAGAAUUUACAAUGCCUUGGACUGACUACAAUGGGUGCGGCCCUGAAACAUGCCUUUGAUGUUUUGAACAUCAACCGAAUGCAGACAGGCAUAGACACGUAUGGACAAGGCAGAUGUCCAUUCUACUUGGAGCCAUCUGUUAUUGUCGUAAUAACUGAUGGAGGAAAAUUAUCCAGUAACGCUGGCAUACAGGAAGAAUUCAAUCUCCCUAUGAACUGUCCCAUCCCCGGGUCAGAGUUAACCAGAGAACCUUUCCGAUGGGACCAGAGAUUGUUCUCACUGGUGCUGCGCCUCGCUGGGACUCCGGCAGUGGAGAGAGACACUGGCCUCGUCCCAUCCGAUUCGUCGCCGAUUGACGCUAUGUGUGAAGUUACUGGAGGCCGUUCUUACUGCAUUACGUCACACCGUAUGCUGAUGCAGUGCAUCGACAGUUUGGUGCAGAAGGUACAAAGUGGUGUCGUAAUCAACUUCGAGAAGAUUGGGCCCGAUCCGCCUCCAAUCGACGGCGGGGCCAACAGGGACGGUGCGGAAACCACCGACGAUAUCACCCAUGAAGCUGAUAAGGAUGUUGAUGGAGACGGGGAAAGGAAUGGGCGUUGGAACGGCGGGCCGUAUCAAGCGGGCGUGACAGCAAACCAGGGCGCCAGCGCUCCGCAAGCGUGGCACUCCUGCCGCCGCCUCAUAUACGUGCCGCGUACGGUCGCGCAGAAGGGCUUCGCUGUCGGCUUCUGGCCCAUACCGGAGUCUUUCCGCCCCGACCCUAAUGCUCCCACACUUCCGCCUCGGUCAGCCCAUCCUGUAGUGAAGUUUACAUGCCUCAGUCAUGAGCCGAUGGUGAUAGACAAUCUUCCAUUCGACAAGUAUGAACUGGAACCCAGCCCUUUGACUCAGUUCAUACUCGCCAGGAAACAGCCGACUAUCUGCUGGCAGGUCUUUGUAGCGAAUAGUGGGUGCAAGAACAACGAAGUCAGUCAUCCUUUUGGGUACCUAAAAGCGUCGACCAAUCUGAGUUGUGUGAAUUUGUUCGUCCUACCAUACAACUACCCAGUUUUGCUUCCGUUGCUGGACGAGUUGUUCAAAGUGCACCGGUGCAAGCCCACGCCCGAGUGGAAGCAGGCUUUUCAACAGUACUUAGAUCGGAUGCCUUCGUAUUAUGUGGCUCCGCUCCGUAGAGCAUUGACAAAGAUGGGAGCAUCUUCGCCACUUCUCCAGAGUUUGAUUCCGGAGAACCAGGACAACUCGCUCAGCUUCUCAGUUCUGAACUAUUUGAAGAGACUGAAAAACCAGGCUAAGAUUGAGUUCGAAAAACUGUGCACAGACGUCAUCAAUAAAGCUUCCAGUAAUAAUAAUCAGAAGCUCACAGAAAGCGUGCGAGUAAUGCCCCGGUCCCCACUGAAGAAGGAUUUGACAACACACCCGUGCCUCCAGGAUAAGUUUACAGCCCUUAGGGACCAACUGAAUGAGUUCGGCGGCUUCGUGGUGGGACUGUCUAGAGGGAGGCAUAAGACACAAGCGCACACGUACAGGAACCCUUUUGAUAUUCAAAGAAGAGAUCUUUUGGAUCAGGUGGUGCGAAUGCGCGCGAACUUCCUCCAACCGUCACUGGCGCACACGAGACUAGUUGACGAAGACAGCGUUCAUUCAAUGCCGGUGGCGCAGAUGGGCAACUACCAGGAGUAUCUGAAGAGGAUGACUCCUCAGCUCAGGGAGAUUGAGUCGCAGCCAGUGAGGCAACAUAUGUUCGGCAACCCCUUCAAAAUUGAUAAGCGAAUGAUGGUGGACGAAGCGGACCUGGACCCUGUCGGGGCGGUGCGCAGCGGCGGCGGGGGCGGCGGCGCGGCCAAGCGCGGGGCGGAGUCCCCCCGCGCCGCGCCCCCCAAGCGGAAAGCGGGGCCGUUGCCGCACCAUGUUGUCGCAAGGAGGCCGUCAUCGCCGUCGGUGUCUCCGUCGCCGUCGCCGCCGUCGUCGCCGCUGCCGCCGCCGCCGCCGCCGCCGCUGGCGCCGCAGUCCCCGCUGUCCCCGCGCCGCCCCACCUCCCCGCGCUCGCCCGUGCCUUCAGACCUGCCCGAGGGGAGGCCGCCCGAAGAGCCGGCCAUCGUGGACACAGGCGGGGCUCCCCCCACGCCUCCGCCACUCGCAGCGCCGCCCAACUUACCGCCGGUCGUCAAACCUUUCCUCAAUGGCGAUGCGUACACUACGAUGGGAAGCAAAAUGCCUCGUUCUCCGUCGCCGCCGCCUGAAGACACGCAGGAGUUGCAGAUCAACGCCAUUCUUCAAGGCAUCGCCGCGGAGAAUAACUUGGCUCGGCCCAGGAAGCCGAAGAAACGAAAGCUCGAUAAACCGAACCAACUGUUGCCGCCUUUACCGCCUGUGCCGUCCCGCAAGGAGCUCGCGGACAUCAAGAAACACAACAUGGACGUGAGGGCCGAAGUGUUCAAAGCUGUGAGGAGACCUGGCAGAGAUUUUUCGAAACUAUUCGAACACCUAAAACAGUUGAAGGGCAGUGUAGAUAAUAAGAAAGAAGUGAUACGUGAAGUGAUAAACGAGUCGUUAAGGUUUAAAAGGAAAGUGUUGGCCAAGUUGCUGGAGGAUUUCUUGGCGGGUCUCGAGAAGAACGGAAACAGUGCCUCGGUGAAGAGAAUCACUAAUUCAUUGUACAGCAAUACUAAUAAUCACAGCUAGUGACACGCUCGCCUCUCGGACAAUCGAGUGAUAAUUGUGGUGCAGAAAGAAAGAAACAAUUCGGGUGUGUGGAGAAUCAAAUAAAGUGGGGUCUCAUAUUGAAGCAUCCACUCGUUUGAAACUCUGAAGGUUGCGACUGAAAUGUUUUUGUCACCUAUUUUCUGAAGUUGAAUGUGUAAACCCAAGUGUCUUUGUAUUUGUAAUAAUUAAAUAAAUUGCAACUAUCGCAUAUCUUGGAUUUUAUGAUCUCACAAUAAUUACCACAAUUCAAUUUAAGAGGAUCCCUUUGAUGCAGUAUUUUUUGUGAACUCUGUUGCUACUAUUAUUUUUCAUUUUAAUUUCUAAUAAGCGAAGUCCAUAAGCUUCGCAUAAAAGUUGUCUAGAGGUUUUUGUCCUGGAGACCUCGAGUUUUAUUGAUUUCUAUUGAACGUCUGCAAUCUAGCGAUGUUCAAUGGGACUAAUGACUUUUCCGAAGCGCGAAGGUGUCGCAUCAAAUCGAAAUAUUAUAAUAGAAUAGAAAUGACAAGUUCUGGUUUACACAACGCGUCGUCGCGACUGAUGAUAAUCAUCACCUCGGUCAUCAUAACGCAAUAGAUUUUUUAUUCACAUUGUCCAACUGUGAACACAUGGUACAAAUAGUAUUGGUCAAUUCUGAGUUUAAUUUGACGAUUGAAGACAUAUUUGUCGGUUCACAGUUUUACAAUUGCGCUGAAAACUACCUAUUUACCUAUCUAAUACUAUGCGGCAUUUCAUUGUAUUAUAUAUUUCCGAUUUCUAUGCGUUAUAAGAGUUCAUACUAAGUUGUAGGUACAUAUACUUAUGGGUAAAUUUUCACACAGCUUGGUUUCGCUUUCAUUUCCAAAGGCUACAUUGUUUACACCUUAGAUAAGUAUAAUGCUUUACGUUCACUAAAUACAAUGUACCAUUUGUAAAUGAAAGUAAAAAUAUUUUUUAUGAAAAUUUUGAUUUCUGAACGCCUGCAGGACUGUGUAAUGUUUUUCACAAAGAAUGUCUUAAAGUAAGCAUGUGAAACAUAAAAUCUGGCGCGCCGUUUGCAUGGGCCAUAAAAUACAACUGUAUAUUUUUUACAUAUUGAUACUUAAGUGCAAUAGAUUAUUUUUUGUCAUUUGCAACGGUAAAUGAUUAAUCAUCCUAGUGAAAUUGAGACCUUGUGAAGGCAUUUAAAUGAAGUUAUCUAACGCUAAAAUAACUAUCUGUUUUAGGUAUCGACUGUUUUUGUUUAUGUGUCAAGGAUCAAAACAAUCUGUCAUUUUAACAAUAAAUUUAAAAGCAAUAUUUGAGUGUGUACGAUCCUUGCAAAAUAUCAGCUUUUGCAAGGUUGUAAAUAACCUUGUACAUAUUAGUUAUAAAGUGGUCUCAAUAAAUAGAAUAUAUUUACCUCAACUAAACAUUUGAUAGUCUUGUUAUUUUUUUAAAAUACUAUUGUUAAACUGGUAGGUACUUAGUAAAAAGCUCGAUUAAAAUUAAAAGCCGAAUUUUUAUGACAAUCAAGAAAUGACAUCAAGUUGUCCACCAGGAUACCCCAACCUGACUCUCAGGGGAUUCCCCAGAACUCAUUUGUUCACCAGAAUUUCGUCAUUGACUAAAUUGGAGAUCGGUUAAUUAUAUACGGCCCGCUAUCUACAUUUAAUUAUGCAAAAGAAUACACUCCUAAUAUGUGUUUAAAAAACAUUUUUUUUUAUUGAUAUGAUUUAUGUACUGGGAAAAUACUAAUCAUUUUAGUUGUGCUUUGCUUUGUUAACAUGAAGUUCCAGUUAAGGUAAAUAUAUUCUAAAUAUUCCGAUCACUGGUUUACCAAUGAAAAUGGAUGUGUAGAGUGCUUUUUAGCAAAAACCGCCUGUUAGUAUGGCCGAUGCGUUCAGAACGUAAGAUCGUAUGAAUAUGACACGUUAUAAAGUUAAUGUUGAUAUUUAUUGUUGGAAGUCAUUACGAAUGUUGAUGUUUGUUACUUUUAAUAAGACAUUUUCAGAGUCUGCGUCCUGAACGUUGUUAGUUUUGGCCAGAUUAAUAGGCGCCAGGUCAAUUGUAAAGUGUAUUAUAUCUUUUUGUAAGUAAAUUAUAGUCCUUAUUGGAUUUUUA